UGAGUAGUAGGACAACAUUAACGCAAGAAAAGAAAAAGAAUUAGAAAAAUCCCAAAUUCCAAAUGCAUACAUAUUAUUAUUAUUUUGCAUAAUAACACUCAGACGAAUGCUCUGUUCUGUUUACCUCCUAAUUCUUCUCUUCUUUUGUCCUGUAAACCUCCUUUCAACUUUCCACACUCUAUUCUCUUCUCGCUUUUACAAUUUCUGCGUCUUCAAUACUUAAACCCCUCUUUUCCCCUUAACUUCACUCCAAACAGCUUCUACCCAUCUCUCCAAAUUCUGUAACUUGUUGAUUCCGUCAGCCUAAUCAGCUCGUUCCAUGGAAUACCCACAAAAAAUCUCACCCUUUUGAGUGAGCAGGGUUCACUAUUAAGUCUUCGUUUUCAGACACACCCAUUUGGUCUUUUAAGGGGCUUCUCUCUAGUUUUUGCUGUAACCAUGAAUCUGGGUUCGGCGCCAUUUGGGAUUCUAACAUGCAUUCUUCUGCUCCUAUUGCUCCGAGCUCGCCCUUUGUUUUCGUAUCCCACACCAAUGAACUGUACGGACACAACUAGGCUAUGCACCUCUUUCUUGGCCUUUAAGCCGAUGGAGAAUCAAACCCUGUCCGUGAUCCAGAGCAUGUUCGACGUUUUGCCCGGCGACGUGACUGUCGAAGGCGCCGGCGGCGGGGGGUAUGUGUUCAUUAAGAAGAACUGCUCUUGCGCGUCUACUAUCAAGAAGUAUGUGACAAAUACCACGUUUACGGUCAAAUCCAGUGAUGGGUUGGUGUACGAUAUGGUUGGGGAGGCCUACGAUGGCUUGGCUAUACUGCCCAAUACGACGAGGCCUGCCAAGUACGGUGCUGUCGUUUCGUUGACUCUGUUCUGUGGGUGUUCGAGUGGGCUGUGGAACUAUCUGAUGAGCUAUGUGAUGGAAAAUGGCGAUACCAUCGAAUCGUUGGCGAGUCGAUUCGGUGUUAGUAUGGAUAAUAUUGAGAAAAUCAAUGGGAUUGAUAAUCCUAAUAAUGUCACUGCGGGUUCUCUGUUUUACAUUCCUCUGGAUUCAGUUCCUGGUGAUCCUUACCCUAUAAAUGCUGAUCUUCCCCUUGCACCUGUGCCUGCUCCAUCUAGUGACAUUUUCUCAGAAAGUCAAGUAAGUCAUAAAGCGCAUGCACCAUAUAUAUGGAUUGUCGGGAGUUUGGGGCUUGUUCUUGCUCUUAUUGUGAUAGGUACAGUACUAUAUGUUUCCUUAAGGUCAUCAAGCUGCUUUACUGAAGCACGAAGAACUCAGCCAAAGGAUUCAGAAGGCAAGAAUUCUUAUAGGUUCCAUAUUCUUCGGAAACCAAGUUUCUGUUGUGGUUCAGGAAGAUACAUCUGCCGCAAAUCUGGAGACUACAAGCAAACUAAUGGAGAACCUAAGAGCCACCCAAUAACGAUUCCCAAAGCUCUUGGGACUAAUGUAUUUGAAGUGGAGAAGCCUGUGGUUUUCACAUAUGAGGAAAUGUUUGCCUCAACUGAUGGGUUCUCCGAUUCAAAUCUUUUGGGGAAUGGCACAUAUGGAUCUGUGUUCUACAGCCUCCUUCAUGACCAGGAAGUUGCCAUUAAAAGAAUGACUGCUACAAAAACUAAAGAAUUUCUGGCAGAAAUGAAAGUUUUAUGCAAGGUUCAUCAUACAAAUCUGGUAGAAUUGAUUGGGUAUGCAGCUACUGAUGAUGAGCUCUUUCUCAUAUAUGAGUAUGCACAAAAGGGUUCACUUAGAAAUCAUUUACAUGAUCCUCAAAGCAAGGGUCAUACAUCACUUUCCUGGAUUAUGAGGGUUCAGAUUUCCCUUGAUGCUGCUAGAGGUCUUGAGUACAUUCAUGAACACACUAAAACUCAUUAUGUCCACCGUGAUAUUAAAACAAGCAACAUCUUACUUGAUGGCACCUUCAGGGCAAAGAUUUCAGAUUUUGGGUUGGCAAAACUUGUAGGAAUACCAAAUGAAGGGGAAGCCACAACAACAAAAGUUGUUGGUACGUUUGGUUAUCUAGCUCCAGAAUAUUUAAGUGAUGGCCGCGCUACAGCUAAAAGUGAUGUUUAUGCUUUUGGAGUUGUUCUUUUCGAGAUUAUAUCAGGAAAAGAGGCCACAAUUCGAACAGAAGGCAUGACCAAUAAAAAUCCCGAAAGGCGUUCUCUGGUAUCCAUUAUGUUAGGAGCUCUAAAGAAUGCACCCGACUCCAUGAGUAUGUCAAACAUGAAAGACUAUAUUGAUCCUAACAUGAUGGAUUUGUAUCCGCAUGAUUGUUUAUUCAAGAUGGCAAUGCUGGCAAAACAAUGUGUUGAGGACGAUCCAACGUAUAGGCCCGACAUGAAACAAGUGGUGAUUUCUUUGUCACAGAUUCUCCUCUCCUCUGUGGAGUGGGAAGCAACUCUUGCCGGGACAAGCCAAGUAUUUAGUGGUCUUGUCCAAGGAAGAUAGUGCUCUGAGCCACUUUUCUUUUCAAACCCACUACUCUUUAUACGUUCCCCCCUUUUACCUUUUUUGACCACAUUUUGUAAUUUCUCUUCUAUUUGUUCCAUCUGCAUGAGUAUGUGUGUAUAGUUGCACAGGUAUAGUAGUAAGGUGGCAGUAAUAUGUAAUAGAUUUUCGAUUCUUUCAUGGUUAUGUUAAAUUUGUUAUAUUCUUUGAUGCCUC